CCCUAACGAGGAUGUUACUACACCAAAGGCCGGAAACGAAACCCUGACGCAAAAUUUGAAACCUAUUCCGAUCAAGUGGACGAAGUUGGAAUCCAAGACCAAUUUUGAUUUCCAUCUCCCAGAAGAAGACGAUGAAGAGUUCCUCUUUGCAGUGGCGGACAGCAGCUGAAGUUGUUUCCCUAGUCAAGAAAGUCAGAAAUGUCCCUAACCCUACCAUCGAUCUCCCCAAAAAUGCCGUUGCGGAGGUUUCGCAUAAAGUUCCCCUUAAUGCAGACUUUUUAGGGACCUACAUCGCCCCUUAUAAAGGAAGCCGUGCUCUCUCUCAAAUUUCAGGCUCGGAAGCCAGUUCUGACAAAAAUGUAUCCAUUUAUGAAAAUACUACUGCUCAAUCGGAAGGCGAUGGUUCGUGUUUCAAAUGCGGGAAAUUAGGGCAUUGGGCUAGAGACUGCGAUGCUCCGGGUGGUGGAGGAUCUUUCAGUUCUUCAGGAAAUGAUAUGUCUGUUCCGGAUAAAGCAUGCCCCUGCGGAUCGGGAAUUUGUUCAGUAUUAACUGCGAAUACGGAGAGGAAUCGCGGUCGAAAAUUUUACAAAUGCCCCGUUCGGCAGGAAAAUGGUGGCUGCGGAUUCUUUGAGUGGUGUGACAGUGCCUCUGUAGCUAAUGUAGUGUCUUAUGGAAGCCAAAAUCCAUUAAGUUCGUCAUUUUCAGACCUUCAGUGCCCCUGUGGUGCUGGUUCUUGCAAAAUUCUAACAGCUAAAACAGGGAACAACGUUGGGAAGCAGUUCUAUUGUUGCCCUUCAUCCCAGGCUUCUUGCAGGUUUUUCCGAUGGUGCGAAGAGCCUUCCAUGGAAACCAAGAAUCAAGAAAGCACCCCUAAGGUCUACGGUAACACAAAUGACACAAGCAAAAGUGCUACCUUGAAUGUGAAGACUAGUUCUUCCAGUUCCAGCUAUAAAUAUGGGAGUGAAGGGCAUUGGGCUAGAGACUGGUCGCAAUCACCCUCAUCUUCAACUUCUCCUGCAGAGUAUGGCAGAAGUCAAUCUUCUUCAGCUGGAAGCUGUUUCAAAUGUGGUAUGCCUGGCCAUUGGGCGAGGGACUGCUCUAAUUUUGAAAAAUAGGUACCGACUCUUUGGCUGCUUCGGCAUUAAGCUGUUUCAAGGUGUUUAGCCGUUGUUUAAGCUUUUAAAUCCAUAAGUGCUGAAUAUGUCAUCUGGCAUUUCUGUUUAUUUGGUACACUCGCCUAUUUUGAAGUACACUUUUGGGGAUGAUGUCUAGAUGGAUUAGCUUAGAAUUGAGACUUUAGUAUUGAGUCUCUUAAAUUUGAAUUUUUAUCAUUUAAUCAUCGAUUAUUUACUUAUCUAAAUAUUAUUAAAAGUAAGUUUAAUUUAAUUCUUUUUUUCUCAUCUGUAGUAUAUAUAAAAGAAUGGAAGGAGUAUAUAAAAGGAUGGGAGUGGAGUAAUUUUUUAGUCUCA